AUUUGACUAUAAAAAAAAGUUGGUAUGUUUAUUUCCUCCGAUCCACAUCUCACUUCCGGGUAGAAUCAAAAGCUUAUCUGCAAGUAUUUGUUUGUGAGAUGCACAAUUAUUGGAGUUCAUGUUGGUCCUUCAAUAAGGAUUAAAAUGGAUUUGAGAAAUGAACGUCUUUGGAUGUAUAAUCGAGUCAAACCAGGAAGAAAAGGAUUGACAGAUGAAUUUAAAGUUGGGGUAGAACAAUUUGUGAAUUUUGCUUGCGCACAAGCGGUAUUUGUUGAGAAUGGUGUAAUUAGAUGCCCGUGUACCAAAUGUAGAAAUCAAAGCUACAAGAAUCCCAAAGAUGUAAAAGUCGACCUUUAUAAAUGGGGCUUCGAAUCAAACUAUUGGCACUGGACAUGUCAUGGGGAAGAGAUCCCACAUUUCACUCAAAGUGUGAAUGAUGUGUCACAUAUCGGGGAUGAAGGGAAUGACAUGUACGAAACAAUGGUACAUGAUAGUUUUGGGAUGAGCUCAACACCUAACCAUCAAAAUGGAGAGUCUGAAGGGCCACAUGAAAGUGCCCAGAAGUUUUAUGACUUACUUGAUUCUGCACGACAACCAUUAUGGUCAGGAUGCACUACAGAUACCGAAUUAUCAUUUACAUUGAAGAUGAUGAGUAUAAAAGCAUCAUAUAACAUUGCACAGAAGGCAAUGGAUGAGAUGUUAGAUGCAUGUAGUCGAGCAAUGCCACAACCAAAUAAAGUACCGUCCAAUUUUUAUCAAGCAGAGAAAUUGGUCUCGAAACUUGGUCUCGGUCAUGUGAAAAUCGAUUGUUGUAUUAACGGUUGCAUGUUGUAUUACAAAGAGGAUAUUGAAAUGGGAAUGUGCAAAUUUUGUGGUGAGCCACGGUACAAAGAAAGUACAAAACAUAAUUCAAAAGUUCCUCGGAAAAGGAUGCAUUACUUGCCUCUAAUUCCAAGACUUCAAAGGUUAUAUGCAUCUCCGAGCUCUGCUAAGCAUAUGAGGUGGCAUGCUGAAAAUCACCGUGACGCCGGCAUGAUGUGUCAUCCGUCAGACGGUGAAGCAUGGAAACAUUUUGAUAAAAUAUAUCCCGAUUUUGCUUCAGAACCGCGUAAUGUCAGGCUUGGCUUGUGUUCAGAUGGCUUCUCUCCUUUUGGUAUGUCCGCUAAGUCAUAUUCAUGUUGGCCCAUAAUCGUCACUGUGUACAACCUUCCACCGUCAAUGUGUAUGACAACCCCGUAUAUGUUUUUGAGCUCUAUAAUUCCUGGUAAAAAUAAUCCAAAGGCUCAAAUCGAUGUAUACUUACAGCCACUAAUAGAUGAAUUGAAAACUUUGUGGGAAACAGGGGUUGUCACUUAUGAUGUGUCGUUAAAGCAAAACUUUGUGAUGAAGGCAUCUUUAAUGUGGACAAUAAGUGACUUUCCGGCUUAUGGGAUGCUAUCAGGUUGGCAAACAGCAGGGAAACUAUCAUGUCCAUAUUGUAUGGAAUCCUCAAAAGCGUUUUGGUUAAAGAAUGGAGGGAAACAUUCUUGGUUUGAUUGUCAUCGCCAGUUCUUGUCUAUGAAUCAUCCCUUAAGAAAAAACAAAGACGAUUUUCUAAAAGGAAGGGUUGAAAAGUCAUAUCCUCCUUGUCUAUUGAGUGGUGAAGAAGUGUUGGAGCGUGUGUCAUACAUUCCAAAGAUCACCGAACAUCCCAAUUUAAAGAUACCAGGGUAUGGGACAACACAUAAUUGGACAAAAAGGAGUAUCUUUUGGGACUUACCAUAUUGGAAAAAUAAUCUUAUCCGACACAAUCUAGAUGUCAUGCAUAUUGAAAAAAAUGUGUUUGAUAAUGUGUUUUACACUGUCAUGGACAUCAAAGGGACCAAAAAGAACAAAGAUGGUGUAAAAUCGAGGAUGGAUUUAAGGGAACACUGCUUGCGACCAGAACUAGAACUUAGUGUGAACAAUGGUGGAAAGGUUUUGAAGCCAAAGGCAAGUUUUACAUGCAAUGAUGAUCAACGGAGGGCGGUGUGUGAGUGGUUACAUGAACUUAGAAUGCCAGAUGGAUAUGCGGGGAAUUUAUCUAGUUGUGUUGAUUUGAAAGAAUGUAAGUUGCACGGAACGAAAAGUCAUGACUGUCAUAUAUUCAUGGAGUGCCUUUUACCAGUUGCAUUUAAAUUCUUACCACCCACUCAAUGGAAAGUUUUGACAGAACUAAGUCAAUUCUUUCGCGAUCUAUGCUCGGCUAACCUACAUGUAGAUAAGGUUAGACAUCUCAAGGAAAGCAUCCCGAAAAUCAUCUGUAAGUUAGAGAAGUUUUUGCCUCCAGGUUUUUUUAAUUGCAUGGAGCAUUUGCCGCUUCAUCUUCCUUACGAAGCAUUGGUAGGUGGACCGGUUCAAUACCGAUGGAUGUAUCCAUUUGAAAGGUUCCUCAACUACCUUAAAAGAAAGGUAAAGAACAAAGCUCGUGUUGAAGGAUCAAUAUGUGAGGCAUAUCUAAUCGAAGAGGCAACGAAUUUUGCUUCAUAUUACUUCGAGUCUCAUGUUGAUAGUAGGAGAACCAGGAUUGGCCGAAAUUUGGAUGACGGAUGCAACAAUGAUUCUAUUCAACCAACCCUGUCUGUGUUUAAUCGACCAGGUCGUGCUUUGGGUGCGGCUAGAGCUCGAUAUUUAGAUGGUAAAGAAUAUUUUGCGGCACAUCAACACGUAUUACUUAAUUGUGAAGAGGUUAAACCGUAUUUGACGUUCUAUGAAAAUGGAUUGCGCGGUUUAAAUCCAGGCAUCAACAAUGAACAAAUUGAUCUAGCAAUUGAAGAGAAUUUUGCAAGUUGGUUUCGCGAUUAUGUACAUAAUCCCGAUAAUAUGGUGCCUAAUAAAUUCCUUCAUGAUCUCGCAAUGGGGCCACUUUUAGAGGUGCGAACUUGGAAUUCCUAUAUCGUCAAUGGCUAUAAGUUCCAGGUUAAAGAACAUUGUGAAGGGAGAUCUAGUGUGAAUUGCGGAGUUUCUAUUAAAGGCACAAAUUGUGGAAAUGGUGAAGAUAAUUUUUAUGGAGUGAUAAAGGAGAUUGUUGAAAUCACAUAUCCGAAUUUCCCACUAAAAAGGGUGGUGCUUUUUUAUUGUGAGUGGUUUGAUCCAUCUCCUAACCGCGGUACUAGAGUUGAUCCAACAUAUGGACUUGUUGAAGUGCAACGCAACCGGAGAUAUCAUAAGUUUGACCCAUUUAUCUUUGCACACAACGCGACUCAGGUGUAUUACGCGCCGUAUCCUCGUGGCAUAAGUAAUAAAAGUAAUUGGUGGGUUGUGUUUACAACUAGACCGAGAGGGACGUUCGACGAUCAAUACAAAUUAAAUUCGGCAUAUCAACAAGCCGAAAGUUCUUCACAUAACAUGAUUGUUAAUGCCUCAGAAGACGAUGUUGUUGAUCCUCUAGUUGAUUAUUCUCAAGUCUACGAGAUUAACGCUGAAGAUGUAGAAGAAGAUGAUGAAGACGAAGAAGGAGAUGAUGAUGAAGAAGAAGAAGAAGAAACGGAAGAGGAAGCAUCAGAAGAAGAGGA